UAUAGACUACUAGCAAAAUAUAAACAAAAUAGGGAUACAAAUAUAAUAGGGGUAAAAGACAAUAUCCCAUAUUAUAGCCUGAAUGAAAAAGAACAUAAAUCUUAUAAAGAAAAGGAAACAAAAAGAGGUAAAAAUCUAUUAAAUAACAAUCAAUAUUAUACAGAAGUCGUAGACUAUAAUAAUGGCAUGUUUGAUGGGAAACAUUUCCAUUUAAAAAAAAAAUGGAUUAAAGAUGAUUUUAUCGAAAAACAGAGAAUAAAUGGAAAUAUAGCUUUAAAAAAAAUAAAAUUUAGAAGUUAUGGAUUUGGAGUUUUUAUAUUUUUCCUUUUUUUUUUGUUCGGAAUAGGUCUACCCAUACUAGAAGGAUUGGGGUAUUGGAAACUGCAGGUAAGAUGCUUGUAGGUAGUUCAGGUAAUAAUUUAACAUGGUUUGGGAAGUUUUAAAAAAUAUAGUAAAAUAUUAAAAUUAUCAGAAGCAGCUUAUAAGAUAUUACCGAAUGUACUACUUUUCGUUUUUUUAGCUGUUAUAAUUGUAAUAGCAAUUCCUAUAAUCUUAAGAAAUAAUGAAAAAUAUAAGAAAAUUAAAUUGAUGAUGGAGCAAAAUGAAUAA